AUGGCAUGUGCACAAAUGAUGCCACUGAACAGACUUCUCCGUGAUGGCGAUCACGAAGAUUUGGCUGAAGAGCGUCGAACAGCCACUUUCGACACUGACGAAAUGGCUGCAAUCAUUUGGGGAAACAGAGAGGUUGUGAGCCGACGUCGUCAAAUCACCAAAAGAGUGGCUGAACAUCCAGAGCUGCAGGAUCCGUAUAGCCAGGCGUUUAUGACGCGUACAGAGCACAUGGAUCAUGCAGCUAGAAAGGCCACAAACAUGCUCAAAGAUUUGGACGCUCUCGAUGUGAAUCCAGUGAAUAUGAACGAGAUGUACCAUUUAACG